CCGAGUCCCUGGUGGCUGACGCCGCCGCCAGCUUGCAAAAGACUGCAUGGGCAAACGGAGCAGGUUUCGAACAACAACAACAACAACAACAACAACAACAAGAACAACAACACGAGUCACAGACUACGAUGGCGAUGAGAGGAGGGGGAGAGAGCUACACACAUCUGAAACUUACAGCGGAGAAGAUGAUGCAGGAGCAAGCGUGCGCUAGGACGGACCUCCAGCUUCUUAAAACGAAGCUUCAGAAAUCGGAAGAGAGGCGGCAGCUGGCAGAGAGAGGAAUGCAAGAUGUGAAGAACGAGAACUCCAUGCUGAAAGUUGCGCAUCAAGAAGAUGUAAAACUGCUAAAAAAACUUGAGACGCAGAAAGAGUCCGCAAAGAUGUUGUGCGAGUCUAUCACCGAAACGAUCGCCUUCUUGGAAACGCAAUUGAAACAAGGGGAAGAAGCCAAGAAGACGUUGGAGGCCAGGCUGGAAGAGCGGAUGAGGCGGUUUGAAGAGUCGAAAGCAUUCGUCGAGGAUCUGUUGGAAAAGAAAGCGGCUGCGGAGGCGGAAGCUCAGAAACAGCAUGAGGAGAACGAUUACUUGAAGAAGAAUGUUGAAGAGCUGGAAGGGCAAGUAAAGGACUUUGCGGAGAAGCUGGUGGUAGCUGAAGAAAGGGUGGAAAAAUUGGAAGGCGAAAAAGAGGCGGCCUUGAGAGAGUUCGCUGCGGCCAAGGAAGCAAUCGAGAACAGUGAGCAUGAAUUGAAUCGAUUGCGGGAGAAUCUGGCGAGCCUUCAGGAAGAAGUCAAGCAGCAGGCUGAGGAUUUGACGGUAACACGCAAUAAGAACUUGGAUUUGGUGGAGGCAAAGACGAGGACGGAGACACAGAAGCAGAACCUGGAGACGAGGUUGGAGAUAUCGAUGCGCGACUUUGAGGAGCUUCAAGAACGAUCGAAGGCUCUGUCAUCAAGGGUAUCGGAACUCGAAACGACGAACGCGAUGGGCGCAAACAAUGUCGAGAAGCUUCAAGCGGACCUCGCGCGAGUCAAUUUGUCGUUGGAGGAGGAAAAGGCGGCGAGAGAGAGCGCUCUUCGGCAGCUGAAGGAGGCGGAAAACAAGUUCCAAGAGCUUCUGCUGUCCAACCAUAGCCUGCAGAAGCAGCUAUCCAUCUCUGAGGCGAAGUCGCAGGAGCUCCGGCGAUGGAACGAAGAAUAUCAGAAAGUGGCUGCAGAUAAGGACAGCACCAGCAAAGAGCAGUUUGAGAACUGCCGAAAGCUGCUUGACGAGUCGCUGAAUGACCGGCGGGCUCUCGAGGAGGGAAAGCGAAAGCUGGAAGAGAAGUUGGCGUCGCAAGCGGGUACCAUAUCCGAUCUGCAAAAAAGCAGGGAGGAGCUGAUGACACAGUUCUCAGGCUUCCGCCAAACGAGUGAGAGCGAGAUGCGAGAGGUACAAGAGCAGCUGAGGGAGAGGGAGGAGCGGUUGGCUGCGCUGGUGACGGAAAAGGAGAGCAUGCAAACUGAACUGACGGAUGAGCUGGUUGAGCUGAGGAAGGAGCAGGAAAAACUGCACGAGAGCAACACGUCGAAGGAAGAGGCUCUGCAGGCACUGACAGCAGACUUGGAAAAGUUGAACUCAGAGAACAUCAAGAUGAAAGAGGAGCUCGCUUCUGUGGAAGAAUUGAAAGCGUCGUUGGCCAAGCAAGCAGAGCAGCGCGUGGAGGCAAAGCAAGAGGAGCUCAGCAAACGCUUGCGAGACCUGUCCAUGAGAAAUUCCCAAGAACUUGCUGAAAUGAAGAAGAGGUUUCAAGCGGAAACCGAUCUCCGCAUCCAGGCGGAAAGGGAAAAACUGGAGAACGUAGUUCGGGAGCAUGCCCUGCUGGUCAACCAGAGGGAAGCAGAAUAUGCCGCCGGUCUCAACAGAGCGCAGGCGGAGUUGCAAGCUGCCCAAGCGAAGGCUAUGACCUUAGAAUCUACCAAGGACCAAAUGCACCUCCUAGAGCAAGUGAGGAUCGAUUACGAGGAGAGACUGAAGAGGGCAACGGUCAGCGUUCAAGAAUGGGAGGUGAGAUUCCAGCAUGCACAAAGUCAGUGGCAGGAGCAGCUACGCACGAAGGACGACGAGUGUCAAAGGAAGCUAGUGCAGGUACAGGAGUCACUCGCACAAUACGAAGGGUUUCGGAAGGAACAAGAGAGCAUCAUGGAGAACGAGAGGCGGCAGUUUGAGCAAACUCUUCAGCAUGCGAAUACUGCGCUGCAAUCCACCGUUGCCGAAAUGGAGGGAAAGGAAAAGCGGGCUGCCGAAGAGCAUAAGAAGGCUCUGCUAGAUGUGCAGCAAGCUCUUUUAGACGCCCAGGCGCAAGCCAGGAACGCGGAGCUGCGUGCAGAAACAGCCGAGGCGUGCCUGAAAGUGGCUGCAAACAUUGAGACAAGCGUUGGCAAGACGGCUGCUGUGGGUGAGCCAUCCCAGCAAAAACACAACGAUGACAUCGUUCAUGACUCUGUGCAGCCAAAAUUGGAUCCAAGGAAGUUGCAAACGCAAAGCCCGGCGAGGUCGGGCCACUUGUCUCCAGGGGAAAUUGAGGGGCAUAAGCAGCAGAUUCAGCAGGCAAGAGAGAGGGGUGUGGUUGAGAAGCUGCCGGCCCGGGGCCAAAUUGGUGAGCAAUCGAGGCAAAAGGUUCGGGUACCUCCACUUCCCUCUUCGUCAAGCCUUACCGCGGCAGAGGGAAAUGUUAACGCGACUAAGUCAAGAAUGGCACCCCCUGGUAGAAAACGGGAAACAUCGUGUCCUGUGACAGAGGAAAAAGGCGCUAACCACUUCGCCACAAGCCCUCUUCCAAUCAGGGGCACUGAUAGUGCUCGGGGGGGAAGCCGCGGGAUCGCCGGGACAGGCCUGCACCUCGGCGAGGAUAUCGGUCAGAAAGAAAGAAAAGGCCAUCCAGAGGACAUGGCGCAGGGUAAUCCGAAUGCAGACAACCUCCCACCCAUCAACAACACAAAGAAACGACAGAAAGCAAAUGCGCGGAAGGCUGCCAAUCAACAAGUUGAACCGCUGGAGACUAGUAGCCCCCAUGUCAGCCCGUCUGUAUCCAGAGGCUUUCAGCGUCAAGUCAGGAAACAGGAGUAUGAGGUGACAGCUGAUGGGACCAAGACGAUAACUGUGAGGAAGAGAAAGAAGAGCACAUUCACAUACGAGGAGACACCAAAGCCAGAGAAAAAACGCGAGAGGAAUGUGAGGCGAAAGAUGACCCAGGCCGAGGAGAAGAGGAACACCACGUUCUCAUCCACACCUGGUCCAUCUCAAUCCAAGACACCGCACAUCGGCGAUCUGUUUGGUUGCGGGUCAUUGGAUCCUUAUGGAGCUAAUGCGGAUGACCCGUACGCGUUUUGAGAGUCGUGUCUUUGACACAGAUGCGCGAGGCGCCAUGCAAAGUCUUAUCUGCAUCGUUGCAAUUUCCUUCGCCGCUUUUUUCUUUCCCACAGGACGGAAGCCGUAUUCAGACGGAUUCGCCAAUCUACAGAGAGCUGUCUCAACCUCCAAGAUGUUUGAAUCGUGUUGUUUUAACUUGGUUCACCUUUGCUUGCUUUUUUCCCAAAAAAACAAACAAACAAACAAACAAAAACUUGUUUGCUAC